AUGGAAGAAAAGGAUUAUUUUAGUAUGACUGUUCCAGAACUAAAGGUAAUAUGCCGGGCGUUGGGUCUUCGUGUUAAAGGAAGAAAAUCUGAAUUAAUACAGAGAAUACAGGAUAAAAAUAGGGGAAAUAUUGUUAAAGAUUCUGAAUUUACAAUGCUUAGAACAAAUGUCCUGAAUAUUCAAAAAAGUGGGUCAGAAUUACCAAUGUUUAAAGCAAAUCUUCAGAAUAUUCAAAAAGACAAAUCAGAAUUGACAAUGUUUGAGACAAAUCUUCAGAAUAUUCAGAAAGACAGGCCAGAAUUAGCAAUGAUUAAAGAAACUCUUUUAAAUAUUCAAAAAGACGAAUCGGAAUUAGCAAUGCUUGAAGCAAAUCUUCAGAACAUUCAAAAAAACGGACAAGAGUUAACAAUGCUUAAAACAAAUCUUGAGAAUAUUCAAAAGGAAGAUCCAAAAUUAACAAUGCUUAAAACAAAUGUCCUGAAUAUCCAAAAAGAUAAACCAGAAAUAUUGAACAAAUUGGAUUUGACUUUAAAGAAUAAUUUCGAAACUUUAAAAAUGGAUCAGGCAAAAAAAGAUGAAUCAAAAAUUAUUUAUAAAAAUUUCAAAAGAAAACCAGAUAGCGAAGAAACCAAAUUCUCGACAAAUACAAUAGAUAUUAAUAAAGAAAAGGAAUAUUCGUCGCAUGUUAAUUCUAAUGUUUCUCGAAAGUUAAAAAAAGUUUCCAUAAAAUUUGUUAAAAAAGAGUCUGCUCCUAUAACUGAUCAACCGAAACCAGUUAUUCAUCAAAUAACAAACGCUGUUCCAGACUCUAGUAUUUCUGCUUUAAGUAUUGGAAAGUCUCCAUCACUUGCUCUUCGUAGUAAAAUAAAUAUAUAUUCUCGUUUAUUUGCUCGGCUUGCUUUUUACUUACCUUCUUCUGAAAGAUAUGCAUUUUUUUGUAACUUAGCACUUGUCUCUAAACUUUGGAAUUUCUCUGUUAAAUUUGCAUGGCAUCAACUUAUAUUAUUGGAAUUUCCUGGGAAACGUACUGAAACAUGGAUAUCUUCUGUCGAUCCUACUAUACAUAAUCUUCGUUUAUGGUAUAUUCAUAGACAAAAAGAAAAACAACGUGUUCUUAAGGUUUUUAAACAAGGUUGGAUAGAAAGGUUAUUUAGAAUAUAUGGACAAACGUUUUCUUGUAACUAUCCAACAUCACAAAGAGAACUCUGGUUUUUUGGUAUUUGCUACAACUUAUUAUCCGAUCCUGAUCAAAAAGGUCAAUGGGAAGUUUCCGUUCGUUUUUGGAUGUCUCGUUUUGUUUUAAGAAUGAUGAGUGGAGAAUCGUGGAAAUCAUGGCCCUUUUUUUUUGAUGAAGUAUAUAGAGAUAUGAUCGUUAUAGCUAAAAGAAUUGGAAAUAGUGAUAUUUGGCGAAUAGAGUCUUCAAAUAAUAAAGUAUGGUACAUUUCUGGCCAAUCAGGUGAAGCUAUUGGAUGGGAUUCUUCUCCAUGUUCUUCCAAUAUGAUUAACAUAGAAAAUAUUACAUGGAAAGAUCUGCGUCUUGAUUGGAAAACUUAUAUUUCUAAAAUAAUUAAUAGUAACUUACCAACUGACUUAUUCAACAAUGUUUUUUAUCAUGGUGAUACUAGUUUAUAUCCUCGUGGCAUUCAUAAGAAUAUAAAAGACCCUUUACGUUUUUCUUUAGCAAAAAGGUUUGUUUUAUCACAUGUUAUCGAAUAUAGUAUAUCUGGAUUAUACGAGUCACGUCCUUUUUCUUUCAGUCUAAAUCCAAAUCUUCUUCUUGAUCUAGAACAAAAGUAUUCUGUGGAAAGCGUUUGCUUAUCUGGUGAAAUAGCCGUCUACAAUCAAAUCCUAUGUCCAGGUCUUUCUUAUAUUCAGACUACAGAAAUUGGUCUGUUUGUUCUUGAUGAAAUUGGUCUUGAGGUUGGGGACGAUAUCUGUGGUGUGCGUGAUAUUUGGGCACUCAUUUUGGGGUGCAAUACGUGGGGCAGUGCGCUCGAUAAUGACACUGUAGAAAAAAUGCUUGUGUCUCUUUUUAAACCAUAA